AAAAAAUGCUCGACGGAUCAGCCAAAGACACUCAUCCCCCAUUCCCCACUCCUACUCCCCAGCCCGAACUCCGCCGCCGCCGCCAUCCAUCUCCGCCGCCGCAACCUACCUUUUCCAGCCGCCACCCUUUCCAAGCUAUGGAGAAGCCGGCGGAGGAGCCGAUGUCCAGGCUCACCCACGACCUAAUCGCGGAGAUCCUCUCUCGCGUGCCCUACAAAUCACUCUGCAUCUGCAAGUGCGUCUGCCCGACCUGGCGUAACCUCAUCGCCGACCCCGCGCACCGGAAGAAGAUGGCGCAGACUCUGGCCGGCUUCUUCUACCACAUCAACAACGAAGCCACGGCCGAGCCCCGCGGCUUCGCCGGCGUCAAGUACGCGGAUAUGUCUGCUUUCCCUUGGUCCAGCGUCCCCGAGACCCACCCGCGCCUGCCACUACCGCCCGACAGCACGGACCGCUUCUUCUCCCUCGAGGGUUCCUGCGAUGGGCUGUUUCUUGCAAGCAUGCGCACGGGCACCCCUGCUGCAAAUUUUCGGUACAUGGUCUCCAAUCCAACUACCAGUGAGUAUAUCGUGCUGCCCCACUCUGGCCAAGACGCCGGCAACAUCAGCAACGCUUACCUGGGUUUCGACAGUGCUGUAUCCACUCAAGAGUUUCAUGUGUUCGAGUUUGUACAGGAUUUGUCACCCCCGGACCACCGGGGCUUACAAUCCGUGGUUGUGACCGGAGUGAGGAUUUACUCUUCAAAAACUGGUGCAUGGGUAGCAAUGGAACCCAAAUGGGACAUCCAAGUUGGCUUGUGCUUUGGUCAACCUGGAGUUUUCCAUAAGGGAUGUUUGCACUUGCUCACAGGUGAGAACGGUUUGGCGGUAGUUGAUGCAGAAGGGCUAAGAUGGAGAACUGUCCCGCUGCCAAUACCCGUUGCUAGGAGUUUCGCAGGUCUCAUCGGGAAGUCUGCCGGACAGCUACUUUAUAUCGCCUCCCUUGAUAGUCAAGGAUAUGGCUCAGACAGAUCUUUGACUAUAUCGGUUUACGUUCUUAGUGUUGAGAUUUAUAACUGGGAUGUCUGUCAUCAGGAUGACAAACGCAUGUACUGGAAAUUGUACAAGUUUUCAGAUGUAAUUCCAGAGAAGAAGUUUCCCAAACUCAUUGGAGUACACCCACAUGCCAAUCUGAUCUUCAUAGCUCAUUCAGAAAACGAACUGUUGGCAUAUGAUUUGGAUCGUCAUGAAAGUCCAGUUGUAUAUCACCUUGACCAUAAGUACCAGAUAUUUAUGCAAUUUUGCCCAUAUGUGCCGCUGUUGUCCUGUUUACCAUUGGACGGAGCAAUACGGCUGGCAGCUCCCAAUUGAUGAAUGUUCUGCUGAUUGGAAAACGGGCAGCCAUGGGUGAGGUACUCCGUUGCAUUUUCAAGUGAAAUCUUCACAAGGAUUAAAAUGGAGAUGAUGCAUUGUUUGUAGAAAAUGCCAAGUCUAGUUUUCAGUUUGAUCUGUAUUGUUUUUCAUGACUAUUAUUGCCUCUGGCUGGCUGUUUCACUAGUGGAUGUGUUGGUGCGGGUUGUUGUAUGCUCUAUGCCUUUUGAUAUGCAACACGUAUAGCUGUAUGAGACAUUUCAGUGUGUACCUGUUUUGGCUAAGCCAGAUUUGUUUGUGUUAGUAUAUGAACACAUACAUACAAUCUGAGCCGUAUAAAUGGGUGUGAGACAUUUGGUAUGAGUUGUUGUAUGUUCUUUAUUGCUCAUUGGAACAAUGAACUGAUUGCAUAUG